AUGGUGAUGGCCGCACGUAAUGGUGACGCCAUUGUGGACCAGUGCAGUAUGUUGGAAAAUGAACUUUGUGGGGCCGAAGAAGGUGUGGCCAACGCGGCCAAAGUCACAGCAUUGCCAUGUGCCGAGCUUGAUGGUUUAUGGGAUCAUGUCAAAAAAAAACUGGUGCAAUACGCAGAAACAAUUAGACUCUUUGCUAGCAAAAAUGUUUCUCCACACAUCAUCUCCUGGCAUGGCCUCAUUCUACUCUCAGGCCCUCCUGGCACAGGGAAAACAAGUAUAGUUAAAGCCUUUGCACAAAAGCUGGCAGUGCGGUGGUUAGCUGGUGGUAAUGGGUUUUCGUUUAAUUUGAAAGCCACAUCCAGUUCCCAGUACUCUUCGUGUGCACUUGUGGAAAUUAACUGUGGAGCACUUUUUACCAAAUGGUUUGGAGAAAGUGCAAAAUUAGUCGCCACGCUUAUGGGUGGUUUACAUCGUGCUGUGAUUGGGGACCCUGCAAGACUUGUGUGUGUGUUGAUUGACGAGGUAGAAUCAUUGACCAUGUCGCGUGCAGGAGCUGUCAGUGGAGCAGAGCCAUCGGAUUAUUUGCGUGUAGUUAAUACGAUUUUGACUCAUUUGGAUAUGCUAAAGUCGUUACCUAACGUACUUAUUUUUUGUACUUCUAAUUUGGAAUCAACACUGGACGAGUUGACAUACCCUACAGCUCGUACUGUUUAUACAAUUCUAACAUCGACCAUUGAAGAACUUUUACGCACGGGGCUUGUUGUAAAUGGAGAACCAGCAGAAAAUGAUUUUGAAUGUGAUUAUGAAGAUGAAGAUGAAGAUGAAGACAAAGAGAAUGCCCCAUUAGAACCUGUCUCUGAAACUUCAACAGUCACAACAACUCAUGCCCAUCGUACACUUCUUCAGACCCCCCUCUACGCUACACGCAUUUACGCGCUAGCUCAAAAGUGUAGUGGUUCUAAUACCACCACAUUGUCACAACCUCUUGUACCACUUAAGCGUGUAGGAGGUCGACACUUGCGACGGCUCGCACUUUUGGCAUUUGCCCAAGGACGUAGUCAUUGUCAAACAAAACAACAGAAGAAUGUAAUAGGUGGAUAUACUUUGGAAGAAUUUCUCUGUGCACUUGAUACAGAAAUUGAAUCACUGGUAAAUUAA